AUGUCAACUACCUUUCCGGGACUAGUCCACGAUGCCGAGAUACGUCACGACGGAUCAAACAGCUACCGUUUGAUGCAGCUUGGCUGUCUGGAGUCCGUAGCCAAUUCCACUGUCGCCUAUUCCUCCUCCUCCCCUCUAACUUACUCCACCACCGGCACCGAGUUUGCGUCCCCCUACUUCUCCACUAACCACCAGUACACCCCGCUGCACCACCAGUCCUUCCAUUACGAGUUUCAGCAUAGCCACCCGGCCGUCACCCCCGACGCCUACUCCCUGAACUCGCUCCACCACUCCCAGCAGUACUACCAGCAGAUCCACCACGGGGAGCCCGCCGACUUUAUCAACCUGCACAAUGCGCGGGCGCUCAAGUCGUCCUGCCUGGACGAGCAGAGGCGGGAGCUGGGCUGCCUCGACGCCUACCGCCGUCACGACCUGUCCCUCAUGAGCCAUGGCUCUCAGUAUGGAAUGCACCCAGAUCAAAGACUCCUGCCAGGGCCCAGCCUGGGGCUGGCCGCCGCGGGAGCCGACGACUUGCAGGGCUCUGUGGAAGCCCAAUGUGGGCUUGUUCUCAAUGGCCAAGGUGGUGUGAUAAGAAGGGGUGGCACCUGUGUGGUCAACCCCACAGACUUGUUUUGCUCUGUCCCUGGUCGUCUGUCCCUUCUCAGUUCUACUUCCAAAUACAAGGUGACCAUUGCCGAGGUGAAGAGACGACUCUCUCCCCCUGAAUGCCUCAACGCUUCACUCUUGGGAGGCAUUUUGAGAAGAGCAAAAUCCAAGAAUGGGGGUCGCUGCCUGAGGGAGAAGCUGGAUAGGCUGGGUCUGAACUUGCCCGCGGGAAGACGGAAAGCAGCCAACGUUACCCUGCUCACUUCCUUAGUUGAAGGAGAGGCGUUACACUUGGCUCGAGAUUUUGGCUACACUUGUGAAACAGAGUUUCCAGCCAAAGCAGUAGGAGAACAUCUUGCCAGACAACAUAUGGAACAGAAAGAACAGACAGCAAGAAAAAAGAUGAUCCUAGCCACCAAACAAAUUUGUAAAGAAUUUCAAGACCUCUUGAGCCAAGAUAGAUCACCGCUGGGAUCCUCCAGACCCACUCCAAUUCUAGACCUUGACAUUCAGAGACACUUAACACAUUUCAGUUUGAUCACUCAUGGCUUUGGGACCCCAGCAAUAUGUGCAGCCCUAAGCACUUUCCAAACAGUCCUCAGUGAAAUGCUGAACUACUUGGAAAAACACACUGCUCACAAAAAUGGUGGAGCGGCAGAUUCUGGCCAAGGACAUGGCACCUCGGAGAAAGCCCCCCUGCGGAAAACUUCAGAGGCAGCCGUGAAAGAGGGCAAAACAGAAAAGACAGACUAA